CCAAUGCCAGCUGAGCUUUUUUCAGGGGAGAACUUUGCCACUCUGAAACUUUGGAGCUAGAAAGGCCUGUCUCACCUCCUCCUCCUCCUCUCUUAUGCCUUUGACUUCUCAGCCCUGCUUUCAGUCUUAGUUGACUUCCCACAGGUAAGUCAAGCCUAUAAGCCUACCCUGUAGAUUGUCUUAAUGCAACACAACAGAAUAUCCUUUUCUGCAGAAGCUACUUGGAAGGCAGCCUUCUUGCUAGUGGUGCCCUCCUGGGAGCAGAAGAGCUGAACCGGUAUUUUCCUGAUCGCAACAUUGGCAUCUUUGUAGCCACCUGGAACAUGCAGGGCCAGAAGGAGCUCCCUGAGGUGCUGGAUGACUUCCUGUUUCCGUCUGAGCCUGAUUAUGCCCAGGACAUGUACGUGAUAGGGAUCCAAGAAGGAUGUCCAGAUAGGCGAGAGUGGGAGGUUCGCCUGCAGGCAACGCUGGGCCCUCAGUACGUCAUGUCUUACGCAGCGGCUCACGGGGUCCUUUACCUGUCCUUCUUCUUGCGAAGGGACCUCAUCUGGUUUUGCUCAGAGGUGGAAUGUGCCACAGUGACGACGCGCAUCGUGUCUCAGUUCAAAACCAAAGGUGCGCUGGGAAUUUGCUUCACGUUCUUCGGCACGUCCUUCCUUUUCAUCACUUCCCACUUUACCUCUGGAGAUGGCAAAGUCAGCGAGAGGGUCCUGGAUUACCACAAAACCAUCCAGGCUCUUUCCCUGCCCAGAAACAUUCCAGAUACCAACCCUUAUCGGUCUAGUUCCUCCGACGUCACGAGCCGCUUCGACCACGUCUUCUGGUUCGGAGACUUCAACUUCCGCCUGAAUGAGAACCGGGAGGUCGUAGAGGAGAUCCUCAACCAUGGGCAGGACCUGGACGUGUCGGUGCUGCUGCAGCAUGACCAGCUGUUGAAGGAAAUGCAGAGUGGUUCUAUAUUUAAGGGGUUCCAAGAGGCCCCCAUCUUCUUCCGUCCUUCCUACAAGUUUGACGUUGGACAGGACACCUACGACACAACCUCCAAGCAGAGGACGCCUUCGUAUACGGACCGGGUCAUCCAUCGAAGCCGCCACCAGAAUGAGAUCCAGGCUGUGAAGUACUCGGCCUGCUUUGGGAUCAGAACCUCCGAUCACCGCCCCGUGUAUGGGUUGUUCCGUGUCAAAGUCAGGCCCGGAAGGGACAACAUCCCACUGGCGGCAGGCCUGUUUGAUCGAGAACUUUAUUUGAUUGGCAUCAAGAGACGGAUCACGAGGCAACUUCAGAAAAAACAAGCCCUGAAAAACCAAAAAUCCAGCACCGUCUGUUCCGUUUCCUGACCCAACGCACCCCCGACUUCUGAGGCAAGUGAAAAGGGCUUGUGGACCAGGCCUCCUUCAGCUCCCCCUCUGAAUCCAGGCUGGGGUUGGGAGGCUUCAGCAGGACCCCCAAAGCGAAGGGCUCUUUGGAGGCUGGACACAGCUGGGCAGCCCGGGGGGUUGGCUCAAGAUUCACCCAGCGUGCCGCUUCUCCCUGCUCGACAACAAGCCGUUCUUCCUGUAUCCUGCUGCUUGAGGAGGGUCCUGGAGUAACCCUGCAGGGCGUUGGCGUUUUCUGUGUUACACCAGCCAGAAGCCUUUCUUAGGUUUGGAAGGCACUUCUGAGGAUCAUCUUGGGAACAAAGGGCCACAUUCUCCAAGCCUUGUUUUGUUCAGCUGCAGCUUGGAAGUGAGUGACACACUCAUUUGGUCCCACAAACCAACGUUUUUCCUAAGAAUUCUAGAAAGGCCCUUGAUAUGCCAGAGGGGCAAGGGAAAAAAGCACCAGCAUGGGAGUUUAUAGGGUGGGGUUUUUUACCUUCAAUCAAGACAAACCAGCUUUCACCAGCUACAUUUUUAAAAAUCCAUUAACUAAGAGAAACUGGAAACCAGUUUCAAUCAACAUAGAGCCUUGAGUGGCUGCAAAAAUCAGUAUUUUCAACAGCAAAGGCCAUUUUUUAACCGAUGCCAAUGGUUGAUAAGUUGCUAGAAAUAUUUUCCCCUCCUCAGGUUUAGUCAACCAUCAUUUUUCUGGAUUGUGUUUGGGUUCAGAAUCCCUUGAAAUAAAAGGGUGAUCCAGAACUAAAAAUGUGUCCCUAGUGUGUUGCCUGCUUCUUUAAUCUCUGCACUGUUGAUAUACCUGUAUUGCUACCUGGAGCUAAUUUAAAUCCUCAUCAGCGGAAGUCCAGUAUUUUCAACAUGUAAUACAAGAUUCAGAACAUAAGAGAGUCGCUUGUUGUGCUGGACUGUGGCAGGGGGCCGUGUCCCACAGCAUUCUUCCAGCCUGCAACGUGGCAACUCCAUAAAGGAAAU